AUGACACUGGCGAUGGUUAAAACGCAUUGUUUUUGGCUUCGCUGGGCAGGCCAUGGAGUUCUGGUCCUUAGUUUGCUCUUGGGGAUGCUUUUUAGCCCCAUGACGCGGGCCAGUGCUGAUGAUAACCAGCUUAUUUUUUUUUUUUUGGUUGGGAAGCCGUCUUCACAUGCAUUAAUUUUGUUAAUGGAGUGCUGUGUCUUAUUUUUGCCUUUUAUCACUGUGGGCGUUCCUGGGCGGCGUGGGCGGUGCAUGCUGCGGGGUUUGGUGGACAAGGAAGUGAUGAUGGGAAACACAUUGUUUCUCCUUGCUGAACUUUUGCAGUUGCUCUAUUGGUCAUGCUACCUAACGUUGCCACUACCGCCGCUGUUGGAGCGAGAUACGUGCCUCAUUUGCCCAAACCAGAUCGCGCUUUGUUUUAUCACCCUGUGUUCUGUCUUACUGCUUCGGAUGCUUUAUCGUCGAUACGCACCCCUAUUGAUCUUAAAAGGGGAUGUGUUUGCUUUUUCAGCUGUUUGUGGUGUGAUACAUUUUGUUAGUGCCGCAAGCGCCUUGGCGGAUGUGCAUGUUGUCAAGGUGCGUGGCAGUGUGAUGACCCAACUCGUGAACGACGCAUUUUGUAAUCUUUUCCGUCAGACCCUUACAGGGGGAGGGGGGUUGCCAAAAAGGACAAAAAAAAACAUGGGCACCAUUCAAUUACACGCAGCUGGUAGAGAACACGCCAGCGUGCAACCUGAUGGCACGCGUCGUGUUGAUUGA